CAACGCCCUUCAGUUCCGCCCAAAAGGGAAAUGACGCCGGUGCAGAAAAUGGCGUCCGCAAAGCCUGUGGACCGCUGUGGUUUGUUACCCGUUUAAUUUAGAGCCGAGUGGGGGGUCUCGUCGUCUGGGCAGAUGGACGAUAACAUGGCAGUGCACCGCUGCCGUCCGCUUUCUUGAUUCCGGCAUCGAACCCGCAACUUCAUGUCCGACGGAGCCAGAGCUGCCUGGUCGAAGAGGGGUUGUGGGGAUUCGCACCGCCGAGAACCAGGGAAACAUAAACACAGGAAAUGCGAGCGGCCCCUUAGCGCUCAGCCGUCAAAGCCUGUGAUUGUUCGCCCGGGCUCCAAAAGGUGUGUUAUGUCGGGGGCAGAUGUGGAGGUGUACCUGUCCCAGGUGCACGAUGGGAGUGUGUCGUCGGGCUUCCGGGCGCUUUAUGAAGAGCGUCUGCUGCUGGAUGUCACACUGUUGAUAGAGGAGCACCACUUCCAGGCCCACAAGGCGCUGCUGGCCACCCAGAGCGACUACUUCCGGGUCAUGUUCACAGCAGACAUGAGGGAGAGGGACCAGGACAAGAUCCACAUGAAGGGGCUGACAGCUGCCGGGUUCGGCCACAUUCUCCGGUUCAUGUACUACGGCUCACUGGAGCUCAGCAUGCCGACGGUCCAAGAGAUCCUCCAGGCGGCCAUGUACGUCCAGCUGACGGAGGCGGUGGAGUUCUGCUGCUCCUUCCUGCUGGCCAAGAUCUGUCUGGAGAACUGUGCAGAGGUGAUGCGCCUCCUGGAGGACUUCAGCGUGGGCGUGGAGGGCGUCCAGGAGCAGCUCGACAACUUCCUGCUGGACAACUUCGUCCCCCUCAUGAGCCGACCCGACUUCCUGUCCUACCUCGGCCUCGAGAGACUGCAGGCGUACCUGAACAGUGACGCUCUGAGUCGCUUCCCAGAAAUUGAGCUGUACGAAGCUGUCCAGGCGUGGCUGCGACACGACCGGCGGCGCUGGAGGCACACCGACACCAUCGUGCAGUCCAUCCGCUUCUGCCUCAUGACUCCUGCAAACAUCUUUGAGAAGGUGAAGACGUCAGAGUUUUACCGUUACUCCAGACAGCUGAGGCAGGAGGUCGAUCAGGCGCUCAGCUACUUCCAUGAUGUCAACCAGCAGCCUCUGGUGGAGACGCGCUCCAACCGUAUCCGCUCCGUCCGCCCACAGACGGCCGUCUUCAGGGGAAUGAUUGGUCACAGUAUGGUCAACAGCAAGAUCCUGCUGCUGCAGCGCCCAAAGGUGUGGUGGGAGCUGGAGGGACCUCAGGUGCCGUUGCGGCCGGACUGCCUCGCCAUCGUUAACAACUUUGCCUUCCUGCUGGGCGGAGAGGAGCUCGGACCCGACGGGGAGUUUCACGCCUCCUCCAAAGUCUACCGCUACGACCCCCGGCAGAACUCGUGGCUACGCAUGGCGGACAUGUCUGUGCCCAGGUCAGAGUUUGCUGUUGGCGUCAUCGGCAAGUUUAUUUACGCCGUAGCGGGCCGCACGCGGGACGAGACCUUCUACUCCACAGAGCGCUACGACAUCACAGAGGACCGCUGGGAGUUCGUGGACCCGUAUCCUGUAAACAAGUACGGCCACGAGGGAACGGUCCUGAGCGGUAAACUGUACAUCACCGGCGGCAUCACCUCCUCCUCCACCUCCAAACAGGUGUGCGUGUUCGAUCCCGGGCGGGAGGCGGGAGGCGGGGGAGGAGGAGGGAGCUCAGGCGGGUCAGACGCACACAGGACACGCGCCGGCCGAGGUCCGCUGCUGCCCGGCACCCACGCCAGCUGCUGGGAGAACAAAUCCAAAAUGAACUACGCCCGUUGCUUCCAUAAGAUGAUUUCGCACAACGGGAAGCUGUACGUGUUCGGAGGCGUGUGCGUGAUCCUGCGGGCUUCCUUCGAGUCGCAGGGCUGCCCGUCCACCGAGGUGUACGACCCGGACACCGACGAGUGGACCAUCCUCGCCUCCAUGCCCAUCGGGCGCAGCGGCCACGGGGUGGCGGUGUUAGACAGGCAGAUCAUGGUGCUGGGCGGCUUGUGUUACAACGGCCACUACAGUGACUCCAUCCUCACCUUCGACCCUGACGAAAACAAAUGGAAGGAGGACGAGUAUCCCAGGAUGCCUUGCAAACUGGACGGUCUGCAGGUGUGCAGUCUGCACUUCCCAGAGUACGUGCUAGAGCACGUGAGACGCUGCAGCUGAGGUCUGCUCCACAACAAGCCUCCUUUUUAUAGAAAUGGGAAUUCACUGAGGUGUCCCGCUGGGAGAUCAGGUGUUUACAGGUGGGAGACUCUACUUUUAAACCAGAGACCAGCACUUCUCUACGGUGAGGAAGAGAUGGCCGGGCCAUAGAUUUGCUGUUCUCACUGAAGCCAGUCGAAGCGUGGCGCGGUGAGACGCCACAUGCUAACAGUCAGCUUGAACAUUUUCAGAUUUAGCUUUCUCAGAAAAUUUAAGAAAAUUAUUUGUGGGGAGAAAAAAAAGUUCUGCUGGUUUAUGUUUGGACUGUGGUCAGUUUCCUAUUCUACUACUCACCUUCUGUAUUUAGGCUGUCCAGUCAGGCUUACUGCAGAAACGCACUGGAAGCUUCACAAUCACAUUGACAGAAAGACCUGUUUGUGUUUAAUUUCAUCAAACAAAAACCUGUCACAAGUAGGCGCGUCACGAUUUUGAUUCCAACUCAACAAACGAUCAAAACGAGGUUUGAAAAAAAUUAUAAUGAACUCCUAGAGGACGACACAGCUGGCUCAGUGUUCGCCUGCAGCGUCACUUCCAGACAUUAUCACGUGUUUAAAGAGCUGGAGGAAACACCGACAGAGGUGAAGAGGGUUCACUCUGUACCGAUUUAAGAAACAACAAUAGCAAACUGAACUUCUGUCUUUUGUAGUUAAAUGAAGGCUGGUGAGAAAUAUUUACACUAACCUUAAAAAAAAAAAAAAAACGCCCAGUAAAAGUCAAAUUGCUGUGAAAACCUUCUAUUUGUCAGGGAUUAAAAAUGAUGGUCUGUUAGACUAUUAGAUCUGGAUUCAUAAAGACCAACAGAGCUGAAAUCGUGACGCCUGAAAUCACAAACUUGUCUGAAUCAGUUUAUUUUCACAGCGAACAAACAUCCUGUAUAUCAUUAAUCAAGACGCUCUUUUCAAGAAAAUAGAUUAGUGAAGGCCAAGACGUGCGUGCAGCUACUUCAAUCAAUCUGAAAACACCCUUUAAUAUAUGUAACAGCAACUUAAAGAUACAAUUAGGUGUAUAAACAGAACACGAGCACUAUUUACUGUAGCGACUUUAUAGCCUCCAGAUAUCAGACGCAGACUGAGAUGAGAGACCUUCGUGGCUGCUGACGCUUCACUCUGCUCCCGCCUGUCAAACCCUUCAGAUUCUCCAGUUACAAACUCAGUUUUUGGCUUCCAGUGCGUUCCAGCUUCUAGUUCCAACUCUGCUCUUUACUCCCAGAUCUCCACCAUACUGUGCUCAUGUUCAUGUAACAUCACCGUGUCGUCCUGUGUCUCCUCUGCUUCCUCUGUCUGAGAGUGUGUGUGUGUGUGUGUGUGUGUGUGUGUGUGUGAAUGAAAGAUUAAGAGGAACAAAAAACACUACAUGGUACACGAGGGCUCAUCCGUCAAGCAGUGAUGAUGUCAUAUGAUGAUAGUGACGCCGCGGGGGGUCCGAUGAUGUCGUCUGUAUCCGUCUAGUCACUGGCAGUGCUUUAUUUACUCUCGUCUACAUUCCCUGCACUUUAUCGGUUCUCGCGGUGGCUCUUGGGUGUAAAUGCGCAGUUUUACCAGCUCACUUUGAAAACGUCUGUAAUAUUACAACCUGCUGUAACGUUACAGACGUUUAACAGCGUCUGAAAUUAACCUCCUGGCUGCUGAACUAUAACGUACCUCACACAUGUAGCUGGUGAAAAUAUUUAGGAAACAAUGGGACUCGUGCAAGAAUAGGUUCAUGUUCUUAUCCUGAAUCUUACUUUUCUUAGUAAAACAGCCUCUCUUGACUGCACACACUGUUUUUUAAAGGAACAUUUCACACAAAAAUGAGUAUUUCUGAAGCAGUACGGAAUUGCAGAAAAAGAAGCUGGAGACUCAUUUUGAAAUGUAAAAAAAACAACAUAAAAACAUAAAAUGUCUCCGUGCAGCUCGUCCAGAAGCCCCACGAUCCCACGACUUGACAAGACGUUAUGAACACUGUUUUUAAAGCCAAAAUCUUCACUGUAGCUGCUGAGCUAAAUGUGUUAGCGCCCAUCACGUCAAUGCACGACGGUGUGAAUAGUGUCUUCAAAUCUAUUUGAGAUCUCGGGGCCUCUGGAGACUUCCUCAGUGUUUUUUAAGAUAAGAGAAUUCUUUAUUUUUCCCAUGAUUGUUCCAAAAGUAAGGGGAAAGAAAAAAAACAUCAAUAAAAAACAAUGUUAAUAAGUUAAAAAGCAAGAGAAGAAGAAGAGAAAGAGCUGCUGCCACUCGUACGACUCCAGAUUGACUCUUUCAGCUGUGAAUUACCAGCCAGUGUUCUGCAUGAUUUUAUUGCCAGUUUGUCCACCAAAGCUGAACUCUACCAGCCUCUUGCAGUCAGCUGUGUUCAUUUCAGACGCUGGAAUGUCACCUGGAGUGCUUCAGUCAUGUCCGUUACUCAGCAGAUUCAAUAUUUCUGAUUUCAAACCUGCUGUAAUGCUUUCAGUCCAGCGCCUUGAUCCUGCUCGAUGACCAGCUCCAUGUUCCCGAGCUCGUCCUGUCUGCAUAUUUAUUUCUCCUUCGUUUGUCCACAAGCCAACUGUGAAAAGGGCUAGAACACAUACUGAUGCAGUUGUGUAUGUCAGCCGCGUAUUUAUGUUAUUUAUUGUCUGAAGUAUUGCUUUCACCAAGCUAUGCAGUAACAGAUGUCGGUUUAUUUAUUAUGACAAGAAUUUUCAUUGUGAAUCGUGUCGUUUUUCAAAGUUGUACCUCCUGUCCUUGUUUGGUCCGCGACCGUCUGUCCGUCUGUCCCGUCCACCUCAGCAGCACUGCAUGUGGCUAAUGAACGGACGCUCUGAGAGUCUUUCCUCACGAGAAGAAGGAUUCAACACACUCAGCAAGUGUAUAGUGGAAAUAUUUGAAAAUGUGGUUGUCUUAACAGAUGAAGAGGUGUGGGGUUUUUUUUUUUGUUUGUUUUUUACUGUCUGCAGCAACUUUACAUCUUCCUGUAUGCAAACUGUCAUUCACCAGAUGUUACAUUCACAUCCAGCAUUUCUCAAACACAAACCUGUUUGUAGGUGACGUGUUUUUAAAGGAUCAGACUGACGUGAAAAAAAAAAAAACCCGGUAUUGUCCUUUUUUAAUUCAUGCGUCUACACACAAACCUCGAGACCUGAGCUGCAGCUUGACGGUGUUCAUGUGACGCCGCUGGGUUUUUGUCUCUUUGGGGAAAUGUCCAAGAUUAGAUUAACGUUCAGUGUCGACGCCUCUUCAGCAGCGAGACGUUUGUGUGUUUCACUCUGGACUUCUUGCAUCUUUGUUUUCAAAGAAGGGGGAAAAUGUUUGACAGAGAAAAAUGUUCCACAAUCUAAAUACAGUCAAUGUGGUAAAGAUCAAUCUGGUUUGAUUUACGGCUGCACAAUUAAACGUGAAACGCUGGAUGUUGCUCGAAGCUGCAAGGCAAUUUAGAAAUUGCAAAAAGCUGCCAUUAUGUGAUGGAGAUAAAAUGGGCAACAAACAGGAUUAUACUGAUGGACUGUGGUGCUGCAGAGAUACACUGGAUUACACAUUUUGUUCUCCAGAUGUAAGAAAACAUAUUUGUGUUGAAGGGAUCAAAUGUUGUGUUUUUCAUUCCCACUAAUCAAUGAUCGUAUCACAUCUGUCAAGAAAAGAAAAUACUUUUUGACCGUAGCGUGCAGCCCUAAUUUAAUUGUUUAGUCAAUAAACUGUCUUGUUUUGUUGGAUCAAUAAUCCAAAGAUCUGUAAUUUAUUGUCAUGUAGAAUGAAGAGAAGCGGCAGAUCAUCAGAUUUGAGACGCUGGAACCAGCAGAUGUUUUGUGACUUUUCUUGAAAAAUGUCUUGAUCGAUUAUUAGAUCAAUCAAAACAAGACUACUGUCAAAUCACUCACAAUGUGGCUGCAUGUCAUUUUAAAUUUUCUUUGCUGUUCCAAGCCACUUAAAAGCUAAAUGAAAAUAAACUUGAAUUAAAUUUGCUCUCAAACUGUAAUUCCACAAAUUUGAAAACAUUUUUUUCUGCUGUCAAACAUUUUUAUUAAUCAAAUCGUUUCAUGUUUAGUUCUUCAGAUUCAAAACAUUUUUUUUGUUCAUUGGGUUCUUUAAAUGUAAAACUACUGCUCUUCUUGUAUUUCCAUAUUUUUUGUGGAUACUUUUUAAUCCCAAAAUGUUAGAAUAACCACAGAAGUGUCACAUGUGGCAAACACAGCGACGCUCUCACUGUCAGAGGUUUCUUUAACUCACGUCUCUUACGUGUCACUGAACUCUGCAGCUGAUAUCAUCAUCAUCUUCAUCAUCAUCACAUGUGCAGUCCUCCUGCUGCUCCUCCUCCUCCUCCUCACAUGUCGCUGUUAAAAGAACAAAAGUGUAACCGAUGAAGUACUACUGUCCUGAUUUGAGGCACGUUCAGUCAUAGCGCAGCAUCCUUUAGUCCACCAGUCUUCAGUCUGUCAGUAGGAAAACAGAAUAGAGGAUUUAAAAAAGAAAAAAAAAACAUACCUUGCAACAACGACUGUAUCUGAAAAAGAAAGUAAAAAUCAGAUUAACAUAUCUUAUAAUCUGAGUAGAAACUCUUUGGAAACGAUUUGUAACUUCUUUCCAGAAAUAAAUGUUCAUAUUGGUCAACUUUCA